AAUGAGCUCCGCGAUGUUAGUAAACAGUAGUGUGGACUGUCAGGCCCAGGGACGUGUCUGAGCUCCUGAAGGAUCGCGCUGUUCGGACUGAUCUGUGCGCGGCCGUGUUUAAACGUACAGACCCUGAACGUCCUGACGAACGUAAAGGAAGCCUCUGGACCUUUCAGUGUCUGCAGACUUUAUAGUUAUAUAACAUAUUUAAUUGUAGAAGUUUUUUGUUCGCGUAUUUGCUUCUCCUGCUACGGCUGCUCGAAAAAAUCCAGCGUCACUUUCUAAAUAUAAAACAACUCAAACGAUCCAUAAAAUCACAUGUAUUAUGAACCCUGAAGAUCUUGACUGAUGAUGCAGGUGAUUGAGCAUCCUGUGGAGAAACUGCGCUCAGCCCUCCGCUCCACUCGGAAGGACCUGAUUCAGACCUAUGAGCAGUACAGCCGAGAAGAAAAGAGGCUGCUGGAAGAGGGUCUCCUUCCUGGCAGUCCACUGUUCAGACCCGUCACUGUUCACUCUGAUUCAGACUGGAUUCCUUCACACCCUGAAGCACCUCAGGAUUUUCUGAGCUUCUACAGCAACCCAUACCGCAGCACACCUAACAAUGGCCAUAAGACCAUCUACAUACAGACUAUUGGCUCUUUCGGUGAAGGAGUUGGGAUCACUGAGCAGUAUGUGGAGUGGCUGAGAGGAUACUGUCAGGCGUUCUACUACGGCCUGGUGGUUAAGCUUCUACCACCAGUAACAGUCGCGUCCACAGGCUGUACCUUCCGUGUCAACAGCAAUACCCAUAACCUUCAGCUUCACGCUGGAGAACUGCUGAAUUUUCUGAAAAAGAAGAAGCCAAAAGAUGCAUUUUGCAUUGUGGGGAUCACAAUGAUAGAUCUGUACCCAAAAGACUCCUGGAAUUUUGUUUUUGGCCAAGCAUCUCUUACUGAAGGAAUGGGAGUUUUCAGCUUUGCCCGGUAUGACGAUGACUUUUACACAAGAAAUUAUGCAGGACGGCUGAAGAAGGCAAUAAAGCUGAAGCCAGGAGACUACAGCGUAUUCCAGGGCUACUAUACACCUCCAAUCACCAGCACUCUGCUCUUCCGCUCAUGUAAGACCUUGACACAUGAGAUUGGGCACAUAUUUGGCAUCAAACACUGUCUUUGGCUCCAGUGUGUUAUGCAAGGCUCCAACCAUUUAGAAGAAUCGGACCGUCGGCCACCGGAUGUCUGCCCCAUCUGCCUGAGGAAGCUACAGUCCGCCCUUGGCUUUAAGAUAGCUGACAGGUACAAGGCUUUACUACAUUGGAUAGAGAAUGAAGUAAGCUGUUCUGGACAACACUUGGGCAAACCCACUCAAGCUUUCCAAGGCUUCAGGGAAUGGUUAUGUAAGUGUCUAAGCAUACUGGAAGAUGAAAUAUUUUAAUUAUGUUACACUCUGGUGAGGAUGAAACAUGGAAAGAUAUUAUUUGAUGUAUGGUGGAUUUGGUUUUAUCUAGAUCAAACAAAAAAACUGCAUUUGCCUUUCUCUUUUGCACCUUGAAUGUACAUAGGUUAACCAAUUGAAAGUUUAAUACAAAAUCCAUUAUUGUAAAAUUGAUACAAUACAGUAUUUCAAAAGAUUUUGCUCAGAUUACUUUAUUUCAGAUCAAAAAAUAAAAGUGGUUGUGUGUAAUAAUGAUGUACAUUAUGUUGCUCUUCCAGACAUGCAAAACAUUAUGCAAAAUCAUCCUUUGGGAACUAACACUAUGAACAAUUUCUUCCCAAAUACACAAAAUUCAAGUCUUAUAAUAGUGCUCAGUCUAUAACGGUAUGCUGUAAAAUGGGAAUUACCCUUUUAGAAUUAACUUUCAAGUGUAGACAUUUUCACAUCCUUGGCACAGUAGUUAUAAAAGGCGUUAACUCAGACUGACCUUCCCUUUCUCAUGCUCACAUUGAUAUAAACCUGAGUUCUAUUAAGUGUUCACAUGCUGAAGCUCUAUAUCUGAAUAGCUCUUCACAUUAAAGUAGAUCAGCUUACAGACAGUGGAGGAACAGUCACAUGGCUGUUCUCCCCAGGCAGCACACUUUUCAUAACAUGAGCAGUAAAGUCUAGAUUUCUGAAGUGGUGUGUCCUAUAAUUUAACAGUGAUGUGAAAGCAUUUACCUCGAUUUGACACUUUUACUGACCUAAAGUCCUAAGAUUGAUAAAUAUUAUGUCAGUGUCAUCACAAAAGAACAUAAUUGGUCCCAAAAUGUGAACAUAAAGUUAAGUGCAGGAGUAACUAUGCAGUAGACUGUCAGUGUGAAAAAAAUCAGCAGAAACAAUUUUAAUAAAAAAUGAUUAAAUAAUUAAUUAUUAAAAUGUGUUCAUCUUUUUUAAAAAAAUGAAAUGAUUAAAAGAGUGCUCUGUGUUUUUGUACAAUGUACUAUUGCCUUUUAUCUCAAUUCACUGCAAUGUCAAAGUGGUCAUUAAGGGAAGCCUAAUACUGCACGUAAUAUCUUCAAUAAGUUAUUUUAUGAUAACUGUAUCUUACGGUAUCACAUUUCUACAAUCAUUCAUUAGUCCAUUUUUAGCUUUUGCUUGGUGGUGAUCUCUUAUUCUGUGUAAGCUGUCAGCCUUGAUCACCUUCUGCUUUCUCUUCUGUUUCUAAAUACUUAUUUGAUGAAUUACCUUAUUAAUUUAGUUAAUUAAUUCAUUAAUUGUCGCAUGGAGAGAGUCACUUAUCUUGUGUGUUUUCUUGUUUAUUUGCUCCCCGAUUUGUGCGCCCAAUGCCCAGUUAUGCCCUAAUUGGUGUGAAAUAAUAAAGAUCUUGGAUUUUAA